AUGAGUCUGCAGAUUUUAAACGCAGAAAAUGGGGGCAAUGGAGGCAGCCUCAGCGAGGACCUAACAGCAGAAGACUGCAGCUUCUUCUUUGCACAACCAGAACUCACAGGGAGACCUUCCAUCCUACGCCCGUCCCAGAAGGAGAACUUGCCACCUAAAGGUGUGGCAAAAGCUAUGAAGGUGACCUUUCACACUCCCCUAAGAGAUCCUCAGACUCGAAAAAUCCUGAGUCCUGCUAUGACAGACAGACUCGAUGCCACGUUCACAAUUGAUGACUGCAGUGAAGCCUUGGUGGAUGAUAUUUUCUCUGCUCCUCUCAGUGAUGACACAUGUCAACAAAAGGCUGAAGCAACCACCCCGGUGUUAAGAACACAAAUGCCAGAGAAGGUCAGCACAGCUGCUUACCCAGAUGAUGAGAUGCCAGUGAGGAGUCGAGGUUCCUACAACCUGGAUUUUGAUAACUUAAAUGACAUCAAUCCUUUCCAAAGCUCAGCACAGUUGCAGAAUUCCCCUGUAAAUCUGCAGAAGCCUUCUGGAAAAGUAUCCAGCAGCCCUGAGAAAACUGAAGAGAGUGCUGAUUCUCUUCUGUGGGAUCAGCCAGCUCCUGCUUCAACCACAGCAAGUACAGAGCACUCCAGGGAGGAGAAGGUUGUCUCCUCUGGAAAAGAGCCUGUAUUGAGAGAGUUGGAGUGUGACAAAGCCAAGCUGUCCCCUAAGCAAGCCAUCAGUGACUCUGUCCAGGAUGUGAGGGCUGCUACUCCAGAUGACAGCCAGACUGAUAAUUCAGUGCAGUCAGCAGAAGCACCUGCACCUCCUGUUCAGUUGUCUGGCAGCUUAGGUCCCAGUAGCUCUGAUGUAGCUGAUUCUUCUAAAACUGGAGGUUUGAAGCUUCAGGGUGUUUCAGUAGCAGAAAAAGCCUCCACAGAAGAGUCAAAGCCUGCAGAAGAGCUGGCUGUCCCCAAAGGGGAACCUGCAGAAAAGCCUAGUGUCACCAAGGCUGAACCAGUAAAACUGGAAUUUGACUUUGAUAAGACCACUGCCAGAAAACCACCCCCUAAGAACCUAGGGAGAAGACCUGGAAUUAAACCACCAUCCAAAAAAAUUCCUGUUGCCAAACCCAAACCAGAGAAUACUGAAGUGCAAAAUCAAACUACCGUGGAAGAUGAAGUCCCUGUGCCCAAAGCAUCUUACACAUUGGACUGGGACAAACUUGAUGAUCCAAACUUUAAUCCAUUUGGAGGAGGCUCUAAAAUUUCUGGCUCAUUGAAGUGUUCUAAACCUGGCCCUCAGAAAGCUCAGCUGCAAGAGCAGCAGGAUAACACCUCAUCAAGGGAGCCUCAUCCAGUGGAGCAGGAUAAGAGACUGAGUGCCUGUGAAGCUCUUGAGAAAAGAGAGCCCCAAAGUCUGGAAAUCAGCAAACAAAGUGUGGUGGAAGGCAAACCAAGAACUCAAGAUGACAAGCCAGGAGUUCAAGCAGAAGCUGAACUUCCAGGAGAAACAGCCACGGAGAAGCAAAUGAGCCCAUCUAAGACAUUUCCAGCUAAUGCCCCCUCUCAAGAUCAUUUAGUGUCUGCUGACAGUGGAAAAAAGUCAAUGUCUGUGGAAGAAAUUAAACCCAGUUCCCACAGAACUGAAGCAGCAGCAGAUGAGCAGGCAGCUAACACUGAACCUGAGGAGGAAUUCAGGCCCUCAUCAGAAGUUCUAGGAAUGGGCAUAGAAAUAGACUAUCUGGAACAGUUUGGCACUUCCUCAUUCAAAGAGUCUGCCCUGAGGAAGCAGUCACUGUAUUUGAAGUUUGACCCUCUGUUGAAAGACAGCCCAAGAAAACCAGUUUCUGGCACUGCUGAAACAAAUACUCAGCUCUUGCCAGCUCUUCUUCACAGUGGUCCUGCUGCUGAUUUAAGUAAACUGCUUGAGGAAACUGAAAAGCCUGCAGUGAGCCUUCAAAAGGAAGAAAAACCCCAAGGACUGGAUCUUCUGGGAACAUUUACAGUUCCUGAAACAGAUUCCCUGAUUCCAGAUGUUUCUCCACUCCCUCUUGCUGCCUUCCCAAACACUGCAGUGGAUGAUGUUAUAGAUGUGCUAAAAUACAGUCAAAAGGACAUGGAUGCAGCCAUUGAGCUGGUUAAAAAAGAGGUUCAAGAGAAGCAGUUGGAGACUGAGGAGUGGAAGAAGAAGUAUGAGAAGCUGCAUGGGGAAUACAAGGAAAUGGGAAAAAUAGUUGCUGAGUUUGAAAGCAUGAUAAACCAAGUGAUAGGGGAUGCUCAGAAGCAGGAGGAGUCACUAAAUAAGAAAAUACAGAAGGUGGAGGAAGAAAAGCAACAAGCCAUUUCAGAUCUGCAUUCCAUGGAGAAAUCUUUCUCUGAACUCUUCAAACGAUUUGAGAAGCAGAAAGAAGUGCUGGAGGGUUACCGCCAAAAUGAAGAAGCUCUGAAAAAAUGUGCUGAGGAAUACCUGGCUAGAAUCAAAAAAGAGGAGCAGAGAUAUAAAGCACUGAAGGCACAUGCUGAAGAAAAGCUGCAGCAAGCCAACGAGGAGAUCGCCCAGGUACGGAGCAAGGCCAAGUCGGAGGCUGCCGCACUGCAAGCCACUCUCCGCAAGGAACAGAUGAGGAUACAGUCCCUGGAGAAGAGCCUUGAGCAAAAGACAAAAGAAAAUGAUGAGCUAACAAAAAUCUGUGAUGACUUGAUCUCCAAGAUGGAAAAAAUCUGAUAGCUUCACUGUCUUGUAAAUAUGUCCAGUUUCUGACUUGCUGUUCUGUGUGUCCACUCACUUUGUAU